ACAAAGAAAGUCGUCACUCUUCGGGAACAACACAUCCCGAAACUCUCAUCUUUCUACACUCUUCCAAAACCACCAUCUUCCUCCUCAUCAUCCGCAAUGUCAGAGAACCAGUCAGAAGAAGUCCAGCAAAUCGAGAAGCUCUACGAGUUCAGUGAGCGCCUCAAUGCGUCCAAGGACAAGUCUCAGAAUGUUGAGGAUUAUGAGGGGAUUAUCAAGAUGUCCAAGACGAGUAUGAAGGCAAAGCAGCUUGCGUCGCAGCUAAUCCCUCGCUACUUCAAGUUCUUCCCUAGUCUCUCCACUGAAGCUUUCGAUGCGCAUAUGGACUGUAUCGAUGAUGGAGAUCUUGGGGUACGGGUUCAAGCCAUCCGUGGGCUCCCACUAUUCUGCAAGGAUACACCAGAUAUUAUAUCUAAGAUUGUUGAUGUUCUUGUGCAACUUCUGAAUACUGAGGAACCUGUGGAGCGUGAUGCUGUGCAUAAGGCUCUGAUGUCAUUGUUACGGCAGGAUCCAAAAGCAUCGUCGACUGCGUUGUUUACCCAUGCGGGGGUUACUCCAACUACUGAUGAUCAAAUUCGCGAAAAGGUCUUGAAUUUCAUCAGAGAUAAGGUGUUUCCUAUUAAAGGAGAACUCUUAAAGCCUCAAGAGGAAAUGGAAAGACAUAUAACAGAUUUAAUUAAACAGAGCCUAGAAGAUGUAACUGGAGGAGAAUUUAAAAUGUUUAUGGAUUUUCUGACAAGUUUGAGUAUAUUUGGAGGGAAAGCUCCUCCAGAAAGAAUGCAAGAACUUGUAGAAAUUAUCGAAGGACAGGCGGAUUUGAAUGCACAAUUUGAUGUUUCGGAUACAGACCAUAUUGACAGGUUUAUAUCAUGCCUGCAAUUGGCUCUUCCCUUUUUUGCGAGAGGUGCUCCAAGCAGCAGGUUUCUCAACUAUUUAAAUAAACACAUAGUACCUGUUUUUGACAAGCUUCCAGAAGAGAGGAAGCUUGAUUUGCUCAAAGCUCUUGCUGAUAUUUCUCCAUACACAACCGCUCAGGAGGCCAGGCAGAUGCUUCCUUCAAUAGUUCAACUUUUAAAGAAAUACAUGCCUGCUAGGAAGACUGGAGAGGAAAUGAACUUCACAUACGUGGAGUGUUUGUUGUACGCGUUUCAUCACCUAGCACACAAGGUUCCGAAUGCAACAAACAGCUUGUGUGGGUAUAAGAUUGUGACUGGUCAGCCAUCAGACAGGCUGGGGGAGGACUUUUCGGAGUUGAACAAGGAGUUCACUGAGAGAUUGACCACUGUUGAAGAUCUAACCAAGGCAACAAUGAAGAAGUUAACUCAGGGAAUGUCUGAGCACAACAAAGCCAUGUCGGCUGCUAAGACAGAUGAAGAGAAGGCAAGCGUUAAAACAAAGAAGCAGAAUACUACAACUGGACUUAGGACCUGUAAUAACAUAUUGGCUAUGACGAAGGUGAACAUCUCAACAUCUUGUCUCUUCGUUUGUUUUCUAUUGUUCAGAAGAGGCAAAUUAAGCUUGGGGACAAAUUGUUAUAUGAAACAGCCAUUGCAUGCAAAAGUGCCUUCAUUUAUUGGAGAUACUAAUAUCAACCUUUCUUGGAAAGAAGCCACAAAGCCCUUAGCCUCAGCAACAACAACAAUCGGAGGAAAACGGCCUGCUAGUAGCAACAACGGAAGUGGUAACAAUGUUGCAGCAAAGAAGGGACGUGUCUCGGGUGCUAUGCAUAGCCAGCUUGUGAACAAGGCUUUCGAGGGAAUUUCAGCAUACGGCGGAGGUAGAGGUGGAAACCGAAGUUGGGGAAGACGCGGAGGUGGUCGCGGAAGAGGACAAGGCAGAGGUCACUGGUAAUAAUAAGCUUCCAUGAGAGGAUUCAAUGACUAUGUUCCUGCAUUUGUCAGUAGGAGUUUUGAUUUGGUAAUUGCUAGAGGUUUGGGAUUUAUCAUAUCAGAACAAAAUCGUAUGUGUCUUUCUUUAUGGAGAAUACUAUUCAAGUAUUAAUGACCUUAGUUAUAUAAUCUUGAGUUCCA